AUGUGUGCUCUACCGUCUGACCACAACAAGAUACCCAUUUUUGCCAAACAGGAAGAUGGUCUUCCGACAAAAAUGCAAUUCUGGUUAUCCCAAAAUAUCCCGCGCCGAGAGGAUUACACAAAGAAGAUCAAAGCAAAUGGUGGUGAGGUGGUAAUGGUAGACAAAGGCCCCGACGUCGUCAGGAUAUUGAAGCCUGGGAGCGAGAACAACCCUCGGGAAGGUCUCUCCUACAAAUAUAUUGACGACUCAAUAACGGACGGGCACGUCCCUAAGGGCAAAGCUCUUGAUGCAUACAAAGUCAAGCCUUCUGCGCCCCGGCCAAUGGGCGCAACACAUAUUCCCAGAAAAGGCACUAGAACGGAUUUCAAUUUAGCAGACGACCGAAUUCUUUACGACUGGGUCCAGCAAUUUGAAAGCACGCAAGAUUCGCUUAGCGGCACUAAGAUUUACCAGGAUUUGGCUGAAAGGUUCCCGCAACAUCCCUGGCAAUCGUGGCGUGGGCGAUAUUUGAGAAAAUUGCGUGGGAAUCCUCGCCCAGGGGGUGGAGUUCCCAGGCCUGACUUGCUUCAUGGGGUUGGACUAGAGUCCGCAAGAAAUCAUAUACCGCAGCUUCCUUUGACAACUGCACAGUCGAGGCCAUCACCCAAUUUAACAUCACCAAUCAUACCGAAUUCAAAACGAAAACAUCAAUCAAGUCCUCUCUCCCCUGGUUCCCCGGCAGAAGCAGCAGCAUCUUCACCAACGAAACGAAUCAGACCCGAGAUUUCCAAGUCCCCUGACUCUGUGGUGCGAAGGUCAACUGGCGAUCAGCUCCAUUCAUCCUCAAGAACCUCACAUCUAGCAACACCUUCACAAGUCAUUCCUCACACCCAGCAUUCUUCUCCUACCCCUCACUUCACACAAUCGUCACCACAGACGCAAUCAAUGCCCAACUCAGCGCAACAAUCAUCAGGCAACUCCCCGGAUCAAACAGAUCCGAACUUCCUCGAGCUACCAUUCUUACCUUCAAGCCCAGAGCCGGACGACAGUGAGGAAAGUGAGGAAGAAGACGUUCCAGAUGUCGACGGCUGGAUUAAUAUGCACUUGGCGCGAGGAAGAGCCGAUGAGGAGACAAUCAUCGCGGUUUUGCGCUCUGCAACUAUGGAUCAAGACCUUGCCAGCAAGGUGCUGGAAGAUUGGGGUCCAGAAUCGGCGAUCCCUGAUAAUAUGCCUGGGGUAUGGACUGCCGAAGACGACAGAUGUUUGGAAGCUGGAGAUGCACGAGACGUUCAACGAGUGAUGACCAAGCAUGGGGAGAAGUCACUUAAUACCAGGUGGGAAUAUCUGCGCAUGGCCAGGGAGAGGGGCCUUCUUUAG